CCCCAGUCCGCCGUUUCGCGCACGUUGUUGUUAUGCGGAACGAGAGAAACGCCGCGGACCGCGAAUCGCGCGGUUUUAUACGAAGCUAUUUAUCGCGGGAGGUUAUCACUGCGCCGAGUUGCUGGGCGGUGUGCGGGUUGAAAAAGAAUCGUUCUUCUUUUGUCGAGAGGAGCUCGUAGAACGUUUGCACGGAGUGGAUCGAAGAGGGCCGAGGAGGACAUGGCCGGAAAAGAGGAUGGAUUAUCACUGACAGUGGAGUUUGGAGGCGGCGCGGAACUGCUGUUCGGAAACGUAAAGAAACAUAGUAUCAACUUACCAGCCGGUAAACAAUGGUCACUACGAGAACUUAUUCUGUGGAUGAAAGAAAAUAUGCUGAAGGAGAGGCCGGAAUUGUUCGUCCAAGACAACACAGUGAGGCCAGGUAUUCUUGUUCUAGUCAACGAAGCUGAUUGGGAACUAUUGGGUGAGGGCGACUACAUUCUCCAACCGAAUGACACGGUGCUGUUUAUCUCGACACUCCACGGCGGCUAACGGCGAUACUCUGUACAGCUAAGGGGAGUUUGUGCGUGUGCAGGAGAGCGGACAAAAAAGUGGCUGUAAUCUCGAGCUGUCGCCGAGCCAAUAAACGCCACGAGGGUGUACCUGUCCCAACUCUUGGAGCUUGCAGUUGGCUUCUGGUCUUGAUUGGCUGAUUCUUUGAUUAUUUUUUUGUUGUCUCGUACCUUACCCCCUCUUCUCGUUCGAGAUCCUCUGCUGUUGUCUGCAUUUUAUAUGUUAUCCUUAUACAGUCCAACUGAGCUUUUUUUUGUAAAUUGAAAUCGAAGCGCUUUGAACUUUGUUACGAUUGUUUUGUUAAAAAAUAAACGAAUCUACUUGCAUAAGUACAA